CAGUCGCCUGUUCAUUCAAGUGAACAUCUGCGCACAUACAGGUGUAGCAAUGCACAGGUCCAGGAGCAGCAGGGAUAAAACCAGGACGACACGCAGCUCUCAGAACAGACGCAGCACUGCCACCUCUGGAGACUCAGAUGUACAGAAAUCAUACGGAAAACAGCGCAAAGAAAAUGACUCUGCUCUGGUUCAAGACCUGAGCCAAAUGAGCGUCAAAGGACAGGAAAGAAUUCAUCUAGACAUUGGUGAACAGCCUCCGGUCAGUCCCUCCACUCUGAAGCUGCUGGAUCAUGGUCUGGCAGCUGUGGUUAGACUCAUGAAGCUCGGACGAUGUAAAAACAUCGUGGUUGUGGCUGGAGCAGGAAUCAGCACGGCCAGUGGAAUCCCAGACUUUAGAACUCCAGGAACAGGUCUGUACGCCAACCUAGAGAAGUACAACAUCCCGUAUCCUGAGUCCAUUUUCAACAUCGACUACUUCACAAACGACCCGCUGCCUUUCUUCUCAUUGGCCAAAUCGCUGUAUCCAGGCAACCACCGGCCCAACUACAUCCACUAUUUCAUUCGAACGCUCCACCAAAAAGGCCUGCUGCUCCGAAUGUACACACAGAACAUAGACGGGCUUGAAAAAUCAUGUGGCAUCCCAGAGGACAAACUUGUUGAGGCUCACGGCUCCUUCGCCUCUGCAUCCUGCCAUCUCUGCUACACCCCUUAUCCAGCCGAGGAGGCCAAGGAUGCUAUCAUGAAUGACAAGAUCCCGACGUGCUCCUUCUGCGCUGCCACUGUUAAACCUGAUGUUGUAUUUUUUGGGGAGGAUCUCCCACAGAAAUAUUUUUUGAAUACUGAAGACUUCCCAAAAGCUGAUCUGCUUUUGAUCAUGGGCACAUCCUUACAGAUUGAGCCAUUUGCCAGUUUGGUGAACACAGUCCGCCCCUCUGUGCCUCGCCUGCUCCUGAAUCGGAACACUGUCGGUCCAUUUGCAAAGGUCCCAAGGCGAAAAAAGGACUAUGUGGAACUAGGGGACCUGGAGGAUUUGGUGCGGAGGUUUGCUCAGAUGCUCGGAUGGAACGACGACAUUGAAGAAAUCAUGAGAGUGCAAGAAGAAAUCGGCAGUAGGACGCACUGCCAACAGUCUGAGCUGCAGACCAGGAGCUGAGAGCCGUUGACUGACUAUAUUACCUGGGCGAGUUAUAAAUCAAAUGUACUGGUUUUCAUAUGUUGCACACUCUACAUAUUAGUUUCAGCUGCUCACCAUGUUCAUGGUAAAAUGGACAAAUCACAGAAGCACUUAUUGUGGAGCUUGGACUCAACAUUCGUAGAAUAGUGCAAUAAUUCCUACAUGAUUUUACCACUUGUUUGUUUUUAUGCACAAUCUAUCCUUCUGUUUUAAACCAUAUUUAAUAAAAGAUUUGAUGGUUUUGU